UUAGAGUAACUUUGCGUCAGUAGUAAGUUUAAAAAGGCAAAUUGUGAGAAACAGGACUAAAUAUGGAUAUUCACUUUUAUUUACAAGGGUUUGAAGCUAGUAUGAUGAACUAUGCCGGAGAUGAUCCGCUGGAUGCAUGGGAUAAGUUUGUGGAUUUUCUGGAGUGUAGACUGCCAGCAGAAGAGAAGAGUAACAUGUCUGUGGUGCUGGACCGACUGGUGCAGACAUUUCUGCAGGAGAAACGAUACUAUAACGACAUCAGAUACAUCAACCACUGCAUCAGAUGUGCAAGUUAUUAUCCAGAUCCUGUAAAACUGUACAGUUAUGUACACUCUUGUGGAAUCGGGACUCGGGCAGCCUCUCUGUACAUAUUGUGGGCUCAGCAGUGUGAGAGGAGUAACCAGCCAGCUCAGGCUGAACAGGUUUAUCAGAAAGCGCUAGAGAACCUUGCUGAACCUCUCGAAACUCUACAGGAGCAAUACAGAUUAUUCCAGAGCAGAACGGCAAAACCUCAGACGACUCAAUCAGAUCCAGUGAGGAAUCCUCUGCAGAAUUCACAGCUGGUUAAUCAGCCCCUCCGCCCCAGAGACUCCAUCCAACCGCAGUGUAAAGAACUGGAGAAUGCACAGUUACCUGCUGAAAGAACUGUUCGCAUUAUCUCUCGGUCAGAGAAUAACCCACGGCAGGGUGGCACUAGCAGCAGUAGCAGCAGUGUGACGGAGUGUGUGUCCAUGUACUGUGUGGACGAGUUAGUGUGUGAAGGAUCUGAGCUGAGCUUCGAGGAACUGAGAGCACGAAGAUACUUCACCAAACUCCGACAGCAGGAACUACAGAAGCUGCAAAAUGAGGCAUUGAGAAAGUGUGAGGAGGAAGAAGAGGAGGUGGUGAGGAUGAAAAAGCUCUUAGAGGAGCUGAAUAGCAAACUUACAGAUGAACCAGAGCAGCAGAACACAGACACACUCCUGACACAGGAGCUGCUCUGCGCACCACCACCCAGCGUCCAAAACACAGAGGAAAGUUCAACCCAAGCGUAUCACUCACAACUCUCAUCACUCUCAGCUCAGAGAACACUUCACACACUCUCCGUCAGUGCACAGAGACCUGAGGACACUCACACUCUCACUCCGAGCCCUGUGCACCCUCUUUUACAGCAGAGUGCCUGUAUGGGCAGAGAGGAACCCCACGCUGGGGGAUCGUGUGUAAGUGGAGCCCAGCAGCAGGACGCACUUGAAUGUGAAACAUUUGCACACGAAGCUGACGGAGAUGCAAACACAGAAGUAUCUCACGGAGGUUUUAAUCACUCUCAUGUCACUCCUAACACAUCGCUGGGUCUGAUCUCGGCCACUCCUUCACGAGCACUUCCUUCACCCACUGUCCACACCAGAGAGGCUCUGGAUCUGAUCAGUAACAUGUUCCAGGGACCCACUCUGCUUCACGAUACGCUGUUCAAUACCACCACCACCACCACCACCACACACCCUGCUGAGGAGGACAGCUUCGAGAGAAGCACCAGAAUUACUGGUUUUGCCCCCUCUUCGGUGAAACCCCAGUCCUCAGUGCCGUUCAUGAUCUAUCAGGAUGAAAACAAUGUGAAUAAAGGUGUGGAGCAGCCGGAGCUGAAAGUGGCCCAACCAGCAGCAGUUCGAGCACUGAGGGAGAUCUCAACUGGUAAAGCAAACGUCACACCUCCGGGGGUGGAGUCUCUUACCGAAGACAGCGCGAUGUGGGGUGCUCGCCACGCCUCCAUGGCCGCCUGCCCCAAUCACACGCGAGAUUUUGCUCUUUCCGCCCACUUGGUCUCCACUCCUCUCCACCCUGCCGCACCGUACUCCUGGGAAACACAGAUCACACAGGUAGAAAACGACCCACAAAGUUUCAAUGGAGCAGAAGAAAAUAUGUUUCAGCGCCAACCUGCCAAACUCAGUCCAAUUUUAGAGCAGAGUCCACCUGAGGACAAGCAGCAUGCAGGUGCAGAGUGCACACUUAGGGGGCAGGGUACUAUCGUGGGCGAGUGUGUGAGCCUUCCGGGACACGGCCAUAACCAGACCAACACCACCAUCAGCAGGCAGUCACUAGCACCGCUGGCCUUUCUCGAUCACAGCACAGUGCCCACAGAGGAGCUCAACAACAGCGCCCGGCCAAGCUGGAGCAUCUACCAGAGUCCUGAGAGAAACGAGUCAAGCGUGGGAAUCAAAACGGCUAAAACGGUCGGAGAGAUGAACUCAAGCAGCCUGAAUGUACUGAGAGAAGAGCAACCCCAUCAGCUCAACACCAGACCCACCUGGAACAUCUACCAAGAUAAGGAACAGAACCAGUCAGACAAUGGAAUUGAAACAGCUCAAAUGAGUUUAAUUGGAGAUGUGAACUCAACUGGACAACCAGGUAGCACAAAUGAAGAACCCAAUUUACGCAGGCUCAGUGUACUUGGAGACAUCAAAGCUGAUCAGUCCAACUCAAGUUGCCUGCCGGGUAUCUCAAGAGGAGAAACAAACACAGGCAGCAGACCUGGCUGGAGCAUCUACCAGAGUCCUGAGAGGUUCCAAUCAAAUGGAGGAAUUAAAACGGAUAGAAUUAGCUUAGCUGGAGGUGUUAACUCAAUCAGACUGCAGUCUAACUCAAACGGAGAACUCGGCUCACGCAGGCUUAGCGUAUUUCAGGGCAUCAGAGAACCGCACAACUUAAGUAACUCGAGUGAAGGGUUUAACCAGCGCCGGCUCAGUGUGUUUCAAGAGAUCCAACCUGAUCAGCCCAACUCAAGUGAGGGGCUAAAUACCAGUUCCAGGCCAAACUGGAACAUCUACCAGAGUCCAGAGAGGUCCAACUCGGAUGAAAAAAUCCAGAAGGGUGGCAGCAUAAACUCAAGUAUCUUGCAUGGUAACUCAAACCGAGAGCUUCAGUCAAACAGCAUGCUCGGAUCUGACCAGUUUAACUCAAGUAGUGUGAACCUUCUGAGAGAAUCCAGACCAGAACCAAAUGCCAGCGACAGACCGGACUGGAGCAUCUACCAGAGUCCAGACAGGACUGGAGUGAUGAACUCAAAUAAGGAGCUCAAUUCACGCAGACUUAGUGUAUUUCCAGAUACCAGACCGGAUCAGAUGAACUUAAAUGACUUGAACUCAAGCAGACUGUUAAAAUCAGACCACAUGAACUCAAGCAGCUACCAGCCAAUGGAAGUAAACCAGGAAGAUGAUCGUCUUCUACCUAAACAAUCUUUCCACCAGCGCAAAUCUCUACAUCGGCUUUCGAUAAUCCACCAACAGCUCUCCUUCACAGCUCCACAAAGCCCAAAUCAUUCUCAGAGUGCACCUCAGGACAUCCCCAUGAGUCCAGAACCAGCUCCAGGGUUUAGCUGGCUCCAGGUGGCAAGUCCUGCCAAGCUUGCCGAACCUGACCUGGACGUAAUGGCUGAGGCUCCUCCUCAAUCCUCCAGUUUUCUCAGCAGACCAAGCCGGAGCACGCACUCAGUGCCCCUUAUGGAACGGUCCGUGGCUUUGCUUUCUAACAGACGCAAGUCCGAGAAACCAAGCUUCCAUUCUUCAGGGGCUGUAGAGAAGUCCAUCAACACAAGUCCAAAUCGAGUCUCUAAUCCAAUCCAGGAUGUUCCCACGAGUCCAGAGCUAACACCCGGACUGAGCUGGAUUUGCCCAGAGAGCCCGGUCGGAGAGACUGAACCUGAUCUGGAUGUAAUGAUGACGCCACAUCAGAGCAAAUCACAUCAAGUGUCUAGAGUGAUGGAGUGUGAAGAUGUUCCCAUGAGUCCUGUACAACCUUCUGUUUCAAAAUGCUCCUCCCCAGUACUGGUGUCUGAUCCGUGGGAUGAAGAUCUAAUAGCAUCUCUGCUCUCUGGCCUGAGCACUCCUUUCUCCUCAUACCCCAACCUGAGUGUGUGGUCCCGCGCCGUUCCCUCAGUCACUCCCAAAUCGACCCUUCAGCUUGAUGAGUCUUUCCGAGUGGACUUUGUUUUGGGUCAGGGUGCGUUUGCUACCGUGUACCAAGCCACCAACCUCAGCACCUCCAGAAAACUCAUCCUGAAGGUACAGAAGCCGUCGAACCCGUGGGAGUUCUACAUCAAUGCGCAGCUGAACGCGCGUUUGGAACCCGGCGCACGUCACCUGUACAACCAGCUCCACUCGGCUCACCUGUUCACCAACGGCAGCGUUCUCAUCGGAGAACCACACACCUGUGGAACACUGCUGAAUGUGGUGAACAUGUACAAGAGCCGCAGCGAGAAGGUGAUGCCGCAGCCGCUGGUUCUUUACUUCACCGUCUGCAUCCUGAACAUGGUGGAGCGCCUACACAGCACCCGCAUCAUCCACGCAGACGUCAAACCUGAUAACUUCCUGCUCGGAGAAAGGUUUCUGGAGAAUGAGGACUUUGAUGAGGAGAACUUGGAUCACGGUUUGGUGCUGAUAGAUUUCGGACAAAGUAUCGAUAUGAGCCUGUUUCCCCACGGUACUGCCUUCACUGCCCGCUGUAUGACCUCAGGUUUUCAAUGCACAGAGAUGCUCAGCGGCCGACCGUGGACUUAUCAGACGGAUUAUUUCGGCGUGGCCGGCACCGUGCACUGCAUGCUGUUUGGAUCCUACAUGCAAGUCAGAAAUGAAGGAGGAGUUUGGAAAACUAACGGCGUCUUCAAGAGGAACCCUCACAGUGAAGUAUGGCAGGAUUUCUUCUACACCUUGUUGAACGUUCCCGAUUGCGAGUCUCUGCCGUGUUUGAGCAGUCUGCGUGAGUGUCUUACCACCACCCUGUUGGAGAACUACAGCACCAAACUGCGCAGCUUCAAGAACCGCCUGGUGGUCCAGAUCCUCGAGUCCAAAACCUCACGCAGAUAGCAUCUUCAUUACCCAAAUUUCCCUCGCUUACUACUGUACAUCUUUUCCUCAUAAAGUUCUGCUUUACCUCUUUGUUCAUUUUAUUGUUUGAAUGUUAAAUGUAAAAAAGCUGCAGUGGAAUUUCUUUGUAUAAAUUCAAUAAAUCUUUUAUCACUUUC